GUUAGUUGCUACUCCCCCAAGAGUACGGGACAUUCCAGUAAUCGCCAUCACAGCACGUCUACACAAGGGAAGGGCCAGUUCAAACUCUCACUUUUACUCUCAGUGGUCGAAGUGUAACCAGAUCUACAGAGACAGGACAAUACUAAACCCCAGGACUCGAGCUGAACCUAGUAUUAAAAUGCAGAAAGGGUCGUUCUUUCUCGGCAAAUCUUCACCGAUAUCCCAUAUAGGACUACUCGGAAUUUGUUUUCUCUCACUAGCUGCAGGUACAGGUGCUGAAUGUCCUGUUCAGAUCAGCCCACAGAGUGUUGUUGUGAAGUACUUCGAUUCUUUUAAAGUAAACUGCAGCACUUCUGUCACACAUCAGGGGAUGGGAUGGGAAUCCACUAAAGGAGCAGUGCCCCUGUCCAAAGACAGUCUGAUCAUAUUGAGUGUGUCACAGCUGAUAGACUGGGAGAUACAGCCACCAUUCUGCUACAUAAACUAUGACGAAAAGCAGUGUUCAGUAGAUCUCCCAGUCACUGUAUACAAGACUCCAGACAGUGUUUCCAUCAGCACUGUGAAUCCAAUAAUGAUAGAGGGAAACCAGUAUGAGCUCCAGUGUGAUGUUCACAAUGUGGCUCCUGCUCAGAAUCUCACUGUCAACUGGUACAAAGGAGAAACUCUGGUGAAUCAAACCAGCUUCACAGACAUCACCAAGAGUCCAGUCAACAUAACAUCUAAACUCCUGAUCCAUCCAGACAGAACUGAUGAUGGAGCUCAGUAUAGGUGUGAAGCAGAACUGAACCUGGGAGAAGCAGGACCUCAACCUCCUCCUAAAAACACAUCUGAACCUCUCAGCAUUACUGUAUAUUUUCAACCAACCAUCAAUGAGGACAUACUGCCCUCCAUAGUGUAUGUUGUACGAGGCUAUUCAGAGAUGGUUGUUUGUAAAGCUGAAGGAAAGCCAAAACCAACAAUCAGCUGGAGUGACGGCACAAACACAGUUAAUGGUGAAACUUUUACUAUAACAGAAUCCACAGCUGAGAAUCUGACCUGCACUGCAACCAAUGCUGCUGGCAGCUCCAGCAGAUCAGUGAAAGUAGUCAUUCAAGACUUUUCCAUCAGCGCUGUGAAUUACAUUGAACCAAUGAUAGAGGGAAACCAGUAUGAUCUCCACUGUGACGUUUACAAUGUGGCUCCAGCUCAGAGUCUCACUGUCAACUGGUACAAAGGAGAAACUCUUGUGGAUCAAACCAACUUCACUAACACAAUCGAGAGUCCAGUCAAUAAAACUUUUAAACUCAUGAUCCAUCCAAAACGAUAUGAUGAUGGAGUUCAGUACAAGUUUGAGCUGAAACCUUUGGAAAUAUUAAAAUCUGUCAACAUUACUGUAAAUUUUAAACCAGUCAUCAAUGAGACCAUACUGCCCUCUGUGGUGCCUGUGUUUCGAGGCUAUCCAGUGAACCUUUCUUGUAUAGCUGACGGAAAGCCAAAACCAAUAAUCAGCUGGAAGCACAACAAUGGAAUCAUUUACAGGGAAUAUCUUACCGUAACAGAGUCCACACCUGAGAAAGUGGUUUGCAUUGCAAACAAUUCCAUUGGCGUCGUCCUCAGAGAAGUAAAAGUGAUCUUAAAAGAGGAUUACCUGCCCUUAAUAGCAGGACUUAUUGCUAUCACAGUGGCGUUCAUCUCAGUCAUCUUCAUCUUCAUCUACUCAAUCUACUACAAAACUGCCAAGAUGGGCCGCUAUAGCCUGAAGGAUGCCAAGCCUAGUGCGCAAAAUGGAAACAUAGCACAAAAUGGUAAAGACAACUCUAUCCCUAUGAAGAAACUCUCUCAGAGCAAUAUCCUAGCGUAACUUGUGCACCUCUGGCUUUGCUGGAUCCGCUGAGCCUGAAUGUCCACAAUGGGAUUUUUACACUGGAAGUCUCUCGGCCUCUAUUUUUAUGUGGCUAGUUUCUUCAUGGCUCCAUUAUUUUUUUAUUUUACAGAUUAGUGGUUCAUUCAUUUCACCAAAGAUUCAGAGGUUUCACACAAAUUCUCCUUUUAAGCUUCAUGCUGUUCAGUGGACCAGAGGAAAAUGUCUCAGUUGAGAUGUUGUUGAGAUGAUAAUGCUGAAUUUAGUUCAUUUUAAGGCCUCUGAUUCCUGCUGUGGCCAUUUUUAGGAAUCUUGGGUCUUAAAAUGGACAUCAACUGCAAAGUGAUAUUCUGUUGUUGAGUAAUAUUUGCUUUGUAGACCAGUCUAAGGGAAUAGCACGCUUGUUGGUUUGUCUAACAAGACUGUGCUUUUGUAUAUGUCUCUGGCACAUUGAUCAAUAUGAAUAUUUAUGUUUGGUAUAAUGUGAGACAGUAUAUUAAUAAAGACACUAUAGUUAUAAAACUGUAAUCCGUUAUUUUCAGUUCCUCUGGUGAAACCCGCACUUUAGAUUUUGAAAAUAGCAAGAAGUGAAAGCUUGAGUGAUGAACCUGUGGGAAAUAAAAUCGGAUGAAUUUUUGAACAUUCUCUCAGGCCUUGCAGCCUGUUAAGUAAUCACUGGACAUAAUAUGUGUGCCAGUUUUAUGGCUUAAGCAGUGUAAUGAAGAUGGCAUUGUUCAUCAAUAAUGUCCGUCAUCAUUUUAUUAUAAUUAGAUGUUUUGUAUGCUUAUUUUUUUAUCACAAUACAAAUUUAUGAUUCAUUUCUUUUAUAUAUGAGCUGCUGUUUGGACGAUAUGAGCUUGAGUAUAUAGUGACUGUUUUUUCGUAUUUGUAUGAAGUGUCCUUUUUAAAUACGUCCCUGAAUCUCUGUGUUUUCAUGUUGAAUGUAUAUCUAUGCUGGUGAGAUUUCAAUAUUUUUUGUGGAACUUUCACCACUUAACCUUAUCAAUACAAUGUGAUUUGAAUUUGUAAAUACAUUUUUGUUGAGAACAAACAUAAAUUGUAAAAAAAAGAAAAUAAAACAAAAAUAUUUGUGCUUUUA